AUGGCUGUGCCCAGUUUCAACGCCGAGUCUUCUGGCGACGAGCUAGGAGCGAGUGCCCGUUCCUACCUUCGUCAGGUGGAUGCUUGGACCAAGGUCACGAGACUCCCGGAGGAGCAGCGGGCAUUGGUACUAUAUCAACACCUCCAGGGAAGGGCAUGGAUCGAGGCUGAAGAGCUGGAUGUAGAGACUUUGGCGUCAACUCAGGGCAUGACGGUCUUUAGACGAUGGGUGCAAGAGCGCUAUCAAGAAAUAGAAGUCAGCAAAAUUGCUGAAGCCUUGACGCAGUUCUUCAAGCGGCUGAAGAGGCAGCCUGGACAGACCGUCCGUGAGUUCAACUCCGCCUUCGAUCGGGCCCAUACUCGACUUCUUGAGAUCGAAUGUCGACUUCCCGAAGUUGCCAAGGCUUGGGCCUAUUUGAAUGCACUGAGAGUUUUCCAUACCGAUCUAGAAGACAUCGACGAGGACGGCUUCGACUUCGAAGAGGACGGCAUUCCUGAAGAGCUUGCUGCAGAGUUGCACGAGGCUUAUGUCGCUUAUGAGAAUGUGCGGGCUAAGAUUAAGGACGCCUCUCGCGGCAAGACCAUCGAGACCGACAAGGGCCUUCCUGGAACCUCUGCAGAACGACUUGCUCUGGCCAAGUCUCGAAGCUUUUGUGCCGGAUGUAAGCGCCGAGGACAUUGGCAUCGUGACCCCGAGUGUCUGCUUAAUCAAGGCCAGAAGAGCGCCCUCGAGAAUAAUGCUAGCCAAGGCGGCCCCAAGGACCUCGGCAAUCCCAGCGGUCCUUCUGGACGAGGAGCCCGUGAAGCCUAUGUGGUUCAUGUUGCAUACGAGCUCGGAGAUGCCAACGUGAAUGAAGGACUCCUGGCUAUCACCGACUGCGCCUGUAGCAAGACUGUUGCCGGACAGCCCUGGCUGGAAGCAUACCUCGUUGCAGCUCGGCAAGCUGGUUUGGAUCCCCAACUGGAGCCUUGUGAGGAAGAGUUCAGGUUUGGGGCAAGCCGGGUCUUCAAGGCGACCUAUGGUGCCACAAUCUACUUGGACGUUGCCGGAAAGCAUAUAGCCGUCAGGGCUUCAAUCGUGAACGGGGAGGUUCCCUUGUUGCUCAGUCGCAAGGUGCUGGCCAAUCUCGGCAUGAUCUAUGACAUCGCCGGCCACCGG